AUGCAUCAAAACCAGUCUAUCACAACAGCCACAGAGGAAGUAUAUGAUGAUAUCAUGAACACUAACCUGAAAUCUGUGUUUUUUCUCAUUCAAGAUGCUAUUCCACAUUUGGAGAAGACGAAGGGAAGCAUAAUAAACGUGUCUGCUGCAGUUACGAACGUAGCUGUUCCACCUAUCGUCAUUUCUUUGAUUUCAAAAGUUGCUCUCGACCACCUAACCAAAUGUCUGGCUGUAGACCUGGGUCAGAAAGGCAUUCGUGUGAAUUCAGUCAAUCCUGGAUAUCUUCCAACUCGGAUGAUGGAGCAGUUUGGCGAAGGGAACAAAUCGGCUCCUUCAGGGAGGCUAGGGACUGUCGAAGAUGUGGCAAAGGCGGCUCUGUUCUUAGCGUCUGAUUCUGCGGGGUUUAUCACUGGUGAACUUAUCAGGGUAGAUGGUGGAGGCAAUCUGGCUGGCAAAUUUGGGGAUUCACUUCUGAAAAAUUAA